AUGACCGAUAUCAAAGAGCCCGAGAUCACGAUGCCUGCUUGGUUCGAAGAAAACCCUUCACACGACCAUAUCCCUCCCGAGACCCAGCGCCUUCUCGAAACGUGGAGUGGAAUCCCAUCAGAUGACGUACUCGAUCAUGUUGUCCAACUUCGUGAGAAAGCCUGGAAGGUCCAUCCAUAUCCUUGUAUUGGGCAGUUUCGGUUUCUCGACCCCAGUUUUUCCGAGCUCCCGGACGAGCGCAAAGAGAUCGUGGAACGCCUACAAAAAGGUCAAAAGCUGCUAGAUAUGGCUUGCUGCGUUGGCCAGACCAUUCGUUUGCUUGCGAACGAUGGAGCACCGACUGAAAAUCUAUACGGUUGCGACCUACAGCCGGACUUCAUCGACCUGGGCUAUGAGUUGUUUCGGGAUCGAGAGAAGCUCAAGACGAGAUUCAUGACAGCGGAUAUCUUCGACCCUCAGUCAGCGCUCACGAAUAUCCAAGGUCAGAUGGAUAUGGUGUAUGCAGGGUCAUUCUUCCAUCUGUGGGGAUACGAGAAACAAGUCCAAGUCUCCAAAGCCGUGGUCGCGUUACUGUGCCCGCGACCAGGCUCGAUGAUACUCGGUCGACAGGUCGGAGCCACCGAGCCCCUCGAGAAGGAAGGUCCUACAGGCACGAUGUAUCGACAUAAUGUGGAGAGCUUUCAAAAGAUGUGGAACGAGAUAGGCAAUGAUCUCGGUAUCAACUUCACCGUGGAUGCCAAGCUCAAGCCGCUGGGUAGGGACCACCAGAAAUUCCAUCUGGACGACAGUACAAGGCGGCUGUGGUUUGUCCCUUCUUCCACGAUCGUAUCCUCAACGCUCGUCUCGAGCCCAUCUCCCACGCCCACAGGCACACCAAGCUGCGGCAUUGUAGCAUACGUCAAGACCACGCCAGCCUACUACUUCGAGUCCAGCGGUACGAAGAACACGUUCCAAGCCUGUAGCGCGCUCUGCAAGGCCGAUAGCAAGUGCCUGAGUUUUGGCUACGGUGAAGCCAACUGCAUGCUUUUCGACGUUACUGCUAUCGACAACACCAACUACAAUCCCAUGAGCCCGUACACAUUCUACGAUGCCGCAUGCCCCGCAGAGCUACCGGGGCCCAGCUAG